AUGUGGCUCCAGGUUUCUUUCCUCUGUUUGGCCUUUUUGACCCUGCUCCCACACGGCCGGGCCCAGGAGCUCGCCUCAUUGGAUCGCUCCGUGGACGCCGCCGGACGCUGCCUCUACACCUUCACCGCGGCCGGUCCGGAGCAGUCCGGCUGCUCCGGGCCCGGCGGCCAGCCGCAGACCGACGGGGUCCUGGCCCGCCUCACGCUCCUGGAGGCCCUGCUGGGCCCCGGAGGGGUGAGCCUCCCGGACGCUUACUCCCGGGCGGUUCGGGAGAGGGACCGGCUGCUGGGGGAGAAGGAGACGCUGACCAGGCGGCUCGGGGAGCUGCGCGACACCGUGGCCGAGCUGAGCCGGGAGGCGGAGGGCCUGAGGCGGGGGGGGGCCUGCCGGCAGAACGACACCUCGGGGCCCACCGGUCAGGAAAACACACCUGCUGCUGGUAGGCACACACCGGAGCAGAAACUCUUCAAUUACGUGACAAAAAGAGCUGUUCCGAACACUGAGAAAUGCUUUUGCUUGUCUUUUAAGAUGGUAAAAGGAAACAAAUGUUUUGAUGCUUUCGACAAUGGCACUUAUCAAGAGAUGAAGGCCGAGGUGACCGAAGUUGCUGCCUCCCACUUCAUUCCCGAGGGAAACCGCAGUCUCUCAGGCUGCGGGGAGCUGCUGGCGGUGGGGGAGCCUGAGCUGCACAGGACGGCCGACGGCAUCACGGGGAAGUACGGCGUCUGGCUGCAGGACCCUGAGCCCCCGGAGGCCCCGGACGCCCCGGAGAGCCCGGUGCCCCUCUACACCAACCAGACCGUGUGGCGCAUCGACGCGGUGGGGUCGGACCUGCGUCGGCUCUUCGCGUACGAAGACCUGGACCAGUUCUCCAGGGGGUUCCCCAUGAAGGUGCUGCUCCUGCCGGAGCCCCUGGAGAGCACGGGGGCCGCGCUGUACCGGGGCUCGCUCUACUACCAGCGCCGGCGCAGCCGCACCCUCAUCCGCUACCGGCUGGCCGCCGAGAGCCUGGCGGCGCGGCGGGACCUGCCCGGCGCCGGCUUCCACGGCCAGCACCCCUACUCCUGGGGGGGGUACACGGACAUCGACCUGGCGGCCGACGAGCGGGGCCUGUGGGCCAUCUACAGCACCGCGGAGGCCAAGGGCGCCAUCGUGAUCUCCCGGCUGGACCCGGAGAGCCUGGAAGUGAGGCGCAGCUGGGAGACGGGCGUGAGGAAGAGCGCGGUGGCCAACGCCUUCAUGCUGUGCGGGCGCCUGUACACGCUGGCCAGCUACACCGCCCCCAACACCACCCUCAACUACGUGUUCGACACGGCCUCGGGCGCCGGGCGGACCGCCGCCGUGCCCUUCGCCAACAAGUACGGCUACAACAGCAUGGUGGACUACAACCACGCCCGGAGGAAGCUGUACGCGUGGGACAACUUCCACAUGGUCACCUACGACGUCACGCUGAGCAGCUGA